AGCCGUGCAUACUAUCUCAUCACACACGCAUAGAGAGAGAGAGAGAGCAAGAUGGGUUUGGAAAAGCCUCAUGCCGUUUGCAUUCCAUACCCAGCACAAGGCCAUAUCAACCCCAUGUUUAAGCUAGCGAAGCUCCUCCAUUCCAGAGGCUUCUACAUCACCUUUGUCUACACCGAGUUCAACUACAAGCGUCUCCUGCGGUCCAGAGGCUCUGAUUCCAUCAGUUGUCUUGACGAUUUCUGUUUCGAGACCAUACCUGACGGCCUCCCGCCGUCCGACUGUGAUGCCACCCAAGACAUCCCGGCUCUGUGCGACUCCACAAGCAAAAACUGUCUCAUACCAUUCCGAAACCUCGUGACGAAGCUCAACAACACAACCGGCAUACCUCAGGUGAGCUGCAUCAUUGCCGAUGGGGUCAUGUCCUUUACACUGCCCGUCGCCGACGAGCUUUCCAUACCUGAGGUUCUGUUCUGGACAACGAGCGCUUGCGGCUUCUUGGGCUACUUCUACUAUUGGCAGCUGAUCGAGAGAGGCUUUACACCAUUCAAAGAUGAUAGCUACUUAACAAACGGAUGCCUUGAUACACGCAUCGACGGGUUACCCGGUAUGAAGGAUAUCCGUCUAAGGGAUUUCCCCAGUUUCAUCCGAACAACGAAUCCCGACGACAUCAUGCUUAACUUCGUUGACCAAGAAGCGCAUAGAGCUUCCAAAGCAUCGGCGGUCCUUUUCAACACGUUCGAUGAUUUGGAGCGUGAUGUUCUAGAUGUAAUGAGAUGCAAGAUUCCCCACAUCUACACACUCGGCCCUCUAUCUCUUCAAUGCAACAAGAUACAAGACAGCAGCUUGAAAUCGAUCACAUCAAGCUUGUGGAAAGAAGAAGAUGAAUGUCUAGAGUGGUUAGAUAAAAAGAAGCCCGGAUCGGUCGUUUAUGUCAACUUCGGCAGCAUAACUGUCAUGUCGGCCGAGCAGUUGAGGGAGUUCGCCUGGGGGCUAGCAAAUAGCAACCAUCCAUUCUUGUGGGUCAUUCGUCCUGAUCUUGUGGCUGGAGAUGCAGCCAUGUUGCCACAAGAUUUCGUAAGCGUGACCCAAAAGAGGGGCCUGCUCUCGGGUUGGUGUCCACAAGAGCAAGUGUUGUCCCACCCUUCUAUUGGAGGGUUCUUAACGCAUUGUGGGUGGAAUUCAACGAUCGAGAGCAUAUCUGGGGGCGUGCCUGUUAUAUGUUGGCCAUUCUUCGCUGAGCAACAGACGAACUGCCGGUUCGCUUGCACUGAUUGGGGAAUUGGCAUGGAGAUCGACAACGAUGUGAGGCGAGAUGGCGUGGAGGUGCUUGUGAGGGAGCUGAUGGAUGGAGAGAAAGGGAAGAUUAUGAGGAAGAAGGCCAUGGAGUGGAAGAAGGUCGCUGAGAAUGCUACCGAGAAAGGAGGAUCUUCUUACGGGAAUCUGGACCAACUAAUCAGUGAGGUGCUUUGUACUGUAAAGUACAAGUCUACUCUAAGCCUGUGAUGGACAUGCAAGUACGCUGCGUUUGUAGUGUUGGUGUGCCCGUGUAUGGAUGGUCAUGAUCUUCCUGAGUAGGAAACUAGCAAUGUCUUUGUUUGAGAAGACGAGUUAAUUAGUUACAGCAGCAAUCGAAGGGAUUGGUUUAAAAAAAAAAAAAAAGAGUAAAAUAGAUGAAAAGAACUAGUCAACCAUAUGCUGUUAAACAUAUGUGUCAUUACCGGCCCACGCAGUGCAUGCAUCUCCACAGGAUUACGUUUUAUUUAUAUAUCAUUGUCAACCCAUGUAGUCGUAUUUGCUUACGUAUUUCAUUUGUUGUUUUUAAAUUAAAAGGAAGAAGCAUGGUGACAACAA